UUUGUAAAACCAUUGCUGAAUGAGUUAGCAGAGAAAGGACAUAAUUUGACAAUUAUUAGUCCUUUCCCAGAGUCAUCUCAUGCCAACAAUGUAAGGGUUAUUUCCUUAAAUCUUGCUGGUGGCAUGAUAAAAUCUCAUGGAAAUAUGACACUAUUUGAAAUGGGUGGAAGAAGUCCAUUUCCUUUGAUUUUCUACUUGAAGGACCUAGGAAAUGUGCUAUGCAAGAAUGCUCUUAGUGUACCAGAAGUGCAGGAGUUAAUUAUCUCACAAGAUCAAAAAUUUGAUCUUCUUAUAAUGAAUGGAUUUUUCACAGAAUGUUUCCUUGGAUUUGCUUACAAGUAUAAUGCUAGUAUCAUAUAUCAGACACCAAAUGCCCUAACAUUUUUGAUUGGCAACCCUGUUGGCAAUCCUGCUGCAUAUGCCUAUGUUCCAGAUGUUAUGCUAGAUUUUGGUGUAAACAUGAAUUUCAUGCAACGAGUAAUCAACAGUGUGUAUAGCUUGUUAGGUGAACUGGUGCGUUCAUUUUCUUAUUUGCCAACUCAACAAGCUAUCAUGAAUUCUAACUUUAGAAACAUACACUCUUUACCGUCUGUUGAGGAAUUACACAGAAGUGCUUCUUUGCUUUUUGUAAACACUCAUGAAAGUAUGGGAGUUCCAAGGCCACUGACACCAAACACAAUUCAGGUUGGAGGAAUGCAAAUCAAGCCAGCAAAAGCCCUUCCAAAGGAUCUUGAAAUGAUACUGAACAAUUCCAAAGAAGGAGUAAUAUUCUUUAGUUUGGGGUCAAAUAUACAACCAUCAGAUAUGCCAAAGGACAAGUUUCUUGCCUUUAUGACAACAUUCUCAAAGCUAAACCAGACAGUACUCUGGAAAUGGGACCAAGAUACAAUGCCUGGAAAACCAAGAAAUGUUCAUCUUGGGAAAUGGUUUCCUCAGAAUGACAUUUUAGGACAUAAGAAUGUCAAAUUGUUCAUAACACAUGGAGGCUUACUAAGCCUUCAGGAAGCUGUCUACCAUGCAGUUCCUGUUUUGGGAGUACCAAUUUUUUCAGAUCAAAGAGUAAAUGUCAAUCAGGCAGAAGGCAAAGGAUAUGCAGUAAAGCUGUUUUUCUCUGAUGUAACAGAGGAGUUCUUAUUACAGGCAAUUAAUGAAGUUUUGAGUAAUCCAAGGUAUGCAAAUCGGGCAGCUGAACUGUCACGACAGUUUCGUGACCAGCCAGAAUCACCACUGGAGCGUGCUGUCUUCUGGACAGAAUAUGUGUUGAGACAUCGGGGUGCAGUACAUCUGCACGUUGCUGCAUGUGACCUAUCUUGGUGGCAGUUAGCUCUGCUGGAUGUUGUUGCUGCAGUAUUUGCUGUGACUAAUGCCACCAAGUAUGGUCUUGACUUCCAGUGGGGUGGGGAACUGGAAGUCUCCAUUCUCAUUUCUGCAAGGAAUAUGAAAACUCCAAAACGGGAAGAGUGA